UAUAUUCCUUAAAUUUGUACCUACUACACUCGCACACUCGCACCCCACCAAAAUGGCCACCACCACCACAUCUGCCGCCGCGUCCUACUUCUUCGGGACCCGUAUCCAUAACCCCAAACCAAGCUCCGGAAGAUUCCAAGCCCGGUUCGGGUUCGGCACUAAGAAGGCGCCACCAGCUCCGAAAAAAGCUUCGCCAAAAUUUCCCGACUCGGGCCGCCUCGUGUGGUUGCCGGGCGCUGAGCCGCCGGAGUGGCUCGACGGGACCAUGGUGGGGGACCGUGGGUUCGACCCGUUCGGGUUCGGGAAGCCGGCGGAGUACUUGCAGUUCGAUCUCGACUCGCUGGACCAGAACCUGGCGAAGAACGAGGCUGGCGACGUGAUCGGGAUCAGGUUCGAGAGCCCGGAGGUGAAUCCGACGCCGUUUCAGCCAUACACGGAGGUGUUUGGACUGCAGAGGUUUAGGGAGUGCGAGCUGAUUCAUGGUCGGUGGGCGAUGCUGGGCACACUUGGUGCAGUUGCUGUCGAAGCACUCACUGGUGUUGCAUGGCAGGACGCUGGAAAGGUAGAGUUGGUGGAAGGAUCAUCGUACCUCGGCCUUCCGCUUCCCUUCUCCCUGACAACAUUGAUAUGGAUUGAGGUGAUAGUGAUCGGCUACAUUGAAAUCCAAAGGAAUGCAGAACUGGACCCAGAGAAAAGGCUGUACCCUGGUGGCAGCUUCUUCGAUCCCCUCGGUUUGGCCGCCGACCCCGACGAGAAGGCCAGGCUUCAGCUGGCGGAAAUCAAGCAUGCUCGGCUAGCUAUGGUGGCUUUCCUCAUCUUUGCAAUCCAAGCUGCUGUCACUGGAAAAGGCCCAAUCAGUUUUUUGGCUACCUUUAACAAGUGACCCCCCACUUCAAUUACAAACCAUCCAUGCUAUAUUAUCUUUCUCAGCUCCCAAGUUUCUCUCUUGUAUUUCUUUGUUUUUUUGGGAUACCCAUUUUGGAAAUGUUACAUAGUACAUAGUAUGUUCUUGUAACUUGUAAGAUAUGCCACAUUCACCCUCUUUUGCCCUUUGAUACUCCGGAUUUAGAUCGCUUAUAACUCCGUAUUUAUAGAAUUGUAUGAAAUUAUGAGAGACCUAUAAUAAAAAUUACUUGCUUGAC